UACGUGGUUCGGCUCGCUCAGAUCUCAGUCUCGCCAUGGCUCCUGCGGUGCCGUCGCUGCGGGUACAGCAGCUACAAGAGCUGCAGCGGCAGCAGUCCAUCCAACUGCAGCAGAUGCUUCUAAAAUCCCCAAGGAGCCCCCGGGUUGAGCGCAAGACCCCCCGGGGCAACACGGCGCCCUCGGCGGUGGCCUCGCCUGCUCCAAAGGGGCCUGCGGCGGUCCCCAGCAAGCCCAGGCCAGUGCGCUACAGCGGCUCGCAGAAGCCGGUGCCGCAAGCGGAGCCGUCACCCAAGGUGCAGCAGCUGCUGGCGGCGCUGGACACGCUGCCGGAGCUGCCGCAGGCCUUCAACAGCAUCAAGGCCGCCCGCGCGGGGUUCCUACGCCUGGCCAACGAGCAAUGCGCGCUGCGGCAGCGGCUCUGGGCCCAAGAGAGGCUCCAAGAGGACCUGCAGACGCAGAUCGCGCGUCAGGGUGGCGUAAGGCAGCGCUUCGAGGAGGAGCGCAUUCGCUACGAUGACCACAUCCAGGCGCUGUCAUCGGCCGAGAAAACCCAGCGAUUGUCUUCCAAUGGUACCGUCCCCUUCAAGGAAGAACUAGUCAUUGCGGAGGCGGAGGCGCGCAUGGCGCAGUGUCAAGCCUUCGCUGACCGCCUGGAGAAGCAGGCGGAAGAUCUUCGCAUGAGCUUUGCCAAGGUCAAGGAGGCUCGGGGCCUGGAGCAGUCUUUGAAAGAGGAUCAUGAAGCCCGGCAACGGCUGGCGCUUCUGGAGGAGGCCGUGAAGGCGAAGAGGAGCGAGCUGAAGCUUCCAGAGACUGGAAGUGAACCAGGAGGCGAAGCAGCUGAUUUGGAUGCAUCUGAAGAAACGCAAUGCGACGAAUCAGGCGAAACAUCCGUAGACAGCCUCAAUGCCGUGAAAGAUCGAGGCGCAUAGAGGCCGAAAAGGCUGAAAG